AUGGCUUCAGUUGAGAAAAUUAAUAAUUCUCUUAUGGAUGAUGUAGAUUCAGUGGUGGCUGUAGGUGAAGACAUAACCUUGCAAGGACCAUCUGACACGAGCAUCGUUCCAGUAUACGACGCAGACGUGACGUCGACCAACGAGUUGGACGCAGAGGUGACGUCGACCAACGAGUUGGACGAUGAGCUGAAGAAGUUAGACGAGCUUCAAAACGAACUUCAGAAAGAAUACAUUACAGGUUCUUUGGAAAAAAGUAUUAAGGCAGAUCAUAACAGUGUGUACGUGGGGAACGUGGAUUACGGGACGACGCCUACCGUUCUUGAGGCGCAUUUCCGCGGCUGCGGCGUCGUCAAGAGGAUUACCAUACCUGCUAACAAGUUUGACGGCACUCCUAAGGGGUUCGCCUACAUCGAGUUCUCUGAGCCUUCAUCAGUUGAUUUGGCCAUGUCUUUGAACCAAUCUCUUUUGCGCGGAAGACAUAUCAAGGUUGUCCCGAAGAGGACAAACAAACCUGGAUUCUCCACCACCAACCGUCCGCCCAGAAGUGAUGCAUUCGGCUACCACGGAAGAGGUGCAGGCAGACCCAUCAGAGAUUUUACCGGAAGGUUCGCUCUUCGUCGUGGAUACAGCGGUCAUAAAGGAGGAGCUAGCCGCUUCACUCCGUAUUAA